CUCCCCCGACCGGGAGAUGGAGGACUAGGAGACGCUAGGGAUGCUUCUGGAAAACAGGAGGUGCGUCCGGCCUUUGGGCUCCGAUCAAGUGAACACCGGACCUCGCGCUCCGAGGUGCCUAAUGCUCGACCCAGAGAGACGCCGCGCUGACCCAGGAAGGGAGGAACAGGAAGUUGGCCGGGCGGGACCCCGAGAAGGUGACACUCACUCGUGGGCCCGCCGCUGGGAUUCGGAGGCUCGGUCGCGACUUUGCGGGAAGGGGCGGGGGGCUCGGAACCAUGGCUUUCCCUGAGCCGAAGCCGCGGGCGCCGGAGCUGCCGCGGAAACGGCUGAAGACGCUGGACUGCGGGCAGGGGGCGGUGCGCGCCGUGCGCUUUAACGUGGAUGGCAACUACUGCCUGACGUGCGGCAGCGACAAGACCCUCAAGCUGUGGAACCCGCUGCGGGGGACGCUGCUGCGAACGUACAGCGGCCAUGGCUACGAGGUGCUGGACGCGGCCGGCUCCUUUGACAACAGCAGUCUCUGCUCCGGCGGCGGGGACAAGGCCGUGGUGCUGUGGGAUGUGGCAUCGGGUCAGGUCAUCCGCAAAUUUCGAGGGCACGCGGGGAAGGUGAGCACCGUACAGUUUAAUGAAGAGGCCACGGUGAUCCUCUCCGGCUCUAUUGAUUCGAGCAUCCGCUGUUGGGACUGCCGCUCCAGGAAGCCUGAGCCAGUGCAGAAGCUGGAUGAGGCCAGGGAUGGCGUCUCCAGUCUGAAGGUGUCGGACCACGAGAUCCUGGCAGGCUCUGUGGACGGCCGUGUGAGGCGCUAUGACUUGAGGGUGGGGCAGCUCUUCUCAGACUACGUGGGCAGCCCCAUCACCUGCAUCUGCUUCAGCCGGGAUGGGCAGUGUACCCUGGUAUCCAGCCUGGACUCGACACUGCGGCUUCUAGAUAAAGACACGGGGGAACUGCUGGGCGAGUACACAGGCCACAAGAACCAGGAAUACAAACUGGACUGCUGCCUGAGUGAGCGCGACACGCACGUGGUCAGCUGCUCUGAGGACGGAAAGGUGUUCUUUUGGGACCUGGUGGAGGGUUCGCAGGCGCUGGCCCUGCCCGUGGGACCCGGGGUGGUGCAGUCGCUGGCCUUCCACCCCACCGAGCCCUGCCUGCUGACGGCCAUGGGAGGCAGCAUCCACUGCUGGCGGGAAGAGUCCUAUGAAGCGGAAGGUGGGACAGGCUGAAGCCAGGGGACUGCCCCCCACUCUCCCAAGCACAGACACCGACCGCCUCGGAAGAAGAGCUGGAACCAUUUAUUUGGGACACAGUGCUGGCCAGGGAGGCUCGGGGGGCUGGGCUUUCACACUAAUAAAUAGAGGUGGGGCAAGAUCUCCCUGGGACAA